CCAACCCGGCUCGAGGAGCUGCGGGGUUCGCGGGGCGCGGCGGGCGCGGACCCGCCCCUGCGCGGCGCUCGGCCCCGCACCCGCGCCGGGCAUGUAGCGGUGCAGCAGCGGCGGAAUAUGGGCGGGAGCCACUCCCACAAGCCCCCCGUGUUCGACGAGAACGAGGAAGUCAACUUUGACCACUUUCAGAUUCUGCGCGCCAUUGGAAAAGGGAGUUUUGGAAAGGUAUGCAUUGUGCAGAAGCGCGACACCAAGAAGAUGUACGCCAUGAAGUACAUGAACAAGCAGAAGUGCAUCGAGAGGGACGAAGUGCGCAACGUGUUCCGCGAGCUGCAGAUCAUGCAGGGGCUGGAGCACCCCUUCCUGGUCAACCUGUGGUACUCCUUCCAGGACGAGGAGGACAUGUUCAUGGUGGUGGACCUGCUGCUGGGUGGGGACCUGCGCUACCACCUGCAGCAGAACGUGCACUUCUCCGAGGGCGCCGUGAAGCUGUACAUCUGCGAGCUGGCGCUGGCGCUGGAGUACCUGCAGCAGUUCCACAUCAUCCACAGAGACAUCAAACCAGACAACAUCCUGCUGGACGAGCGCGGGCACGUCCACGUCACAGACUUCAACAUUGCCACGGUUGUGAAAGGGUCCGAGAAGGCUUCCUCGAUGGCCGGGACAAAGCCCUAUAUGGCCCCCGAGGUCUUCCAGGUGUAUGUGGACGGAGGCCCUGGGUACUCGUACCCAGUUGACUGGUGGUCCUUGGGCGUCACGGCCUACGAGUUACUGCGAGGCUGGCGGCCCUACGAGAUCCACUCGGCCACGCCCGUUGACGAGAUCCUGCACAUGUUCCGGGCCGAGCGCGUCCGCUACUCCUCCACCUGGUGCAAGGGGAUGGUGGCUCUGCUCAAGAAGCUCCUGGCCAAGGACCCUGAGAGCCGCCUGUCCAGCCUGGGGGAUGUCCAGAACACGCCCUACCUGGCCGACAUGAACUGGGACGCAGUGUUCGACAAGGCGCUGACGCCCGGCUUCGUGCCCAACAAAGGGAGACUGAAUUGCGACCCCACAUUUGAACUUGAAGAGAUGAUUCUCGAAUCCAAGCCCCUCCACAAAAAGAAGAAACGGUUGGCCAAGAACCGGUCCAAAGACAGCACGAAGACCAGCUGUCCUCUGAACGGACACCUGCAGCAGUGCUUGGAGACAGUGCGGAAGGAGUUCAUUAUAUUCAACAGAGAGAAGCUGAGGCGGCAGCAGGGGGCGAGCAGUCAGCUCCUGGAUGCCGCCGAGGGCCGUGGAGGCAGCCAGGCGCAGAGCAGACUCCAGGACGGCCGCAACAACAACCUCCUGGCCCAGGCCUGCUCCCGAGGCUGCCGCAGCUAAGGCCAGGCACAGCCCCAGGCACG